AUGCUGGAGCACGAGGCUCUGAUGUUCAAGGUGCAUGUGCUUGUACCUGUGCCCGUAACUUCUCCCAGAUUGGACGCGGAAGAACGGCGGGGACUGCUACAUGAGUUCGAAGAGCUGACCACAACAGUCACAGAGCUGGAGGAAAAAUCGAAGAGUAUGGCCGAUAGAGAUCCGAAGGUCAUCGAGGCAAAAGGUACGAGUGGUUCAUAG